AUAAUAAUAAUAAUAAUGAACUCCAGCGAUGCCAGAGCUAUACAUUUGAUCCAUGUUCUCCUGAAUUCGGUUGAAAUAUAAUGAGACGCCUGGUACCUUCGGCCGUGUGACUGCCAUUUGCCAAUGAAUCGCCAUUUGUCGUUACACAGUUGUCGUUUUUUUAAUAGAUGUAUACAGAUACAAAAAAUAUAUUUUCAAAUGUGUGAAAGGCAAUAAUCGAAUUAAUCAUCCAGGUCAUGGUUCGCUUGAAUUUGUUUUUUGACAUUGCCUUUAUAAAAUGUGGUUGACAAUAAAAAAUAUUAAUGUGUAUAUAUAAUAGGUAGGAGUUUCUUUCACUGUUUCUAAGCUCUAUAUUAAUGGAAAAAAUAAUAAAGUAAUAUAAGCAAUAAAAAUCAUAGUUUUAACGACCUAGUUUUAAUAAUGUUUUUACUAAUUGGAUAGUGUGAAAGGUGCAAAUUUAUUUCAUCGUGUCUUUGUUUGAAUAGGAUUGGGCAAAUAUUACCCCUUCUUAUUGCUAAGGAAUAAUUUGUAAUUUCAUUGUCUUGCACUUUUUUUUUAGAUAUUUUAACUGUUUUAUAGUCAUUUCAUUUUUUUACCCAAACAUGUCGACCUUAGUCGUAAUUUGUUUAAUCGUUUGAUUGCGGAUAAGGUGUUCUCCAUUUUUGUUAUCUGAUUUCCUUGCCAACCCAUGUAAUGAAGGAUACCGAGGGACAUGAGAGCGAAUACGUGUUAUCUAUGUUGAGUGUGUGGCACAGCUGUCUCGGGCGACAGAGAGCGGCUUCGGGUGACUAAUUGAAGGCUAUAGGCUGAUUGGUUAUCGAAUUGAAAAGAAAAGACUUUAAAUUUGUGUAUGAAGCAGUUGAGUACACAUGGAUAUUUUCGCAACUCGGUCUGAGUUAAACUUGUACGAUAACAAAGGGUUGUAAUACACACAGAAGAACUAGACGAUGUUGACAAUAUGGAAUGAUUUGCUUGUUAAACGUAGGGAUUAAGGAGGAUAGCAUACUAAUAAUCAAAUUAACUGAGAAUAUCUAUUGCGCUUUUGUGGGUGGCUUCAGAAUGAAUGGGUCUCUUGAAAGCCUUGCUAAACUGCAGAGUGUUCUUUCCUCCCGAAGCAACGCGCAAGUCGCCUUUGAGGCAGGACUUUUCGUCAUCAUCUUCAUCACGACAGUAGUUGGAAACUCUCUGACCAUCUUUAUCGUGAUAAGAAACAAGAGUUUAAGAACUAUCCCAAACAUGUUCGUGAUAUCGCUCGCUGUGGCAGAUCUAGGAAUGGGCUGCUUAUCCAUGCAUUUGCUAGUAACAGUCCUUAUAACUUCCGAGUGGAUCUUCGGCGAGCUUAUUUGCCAGUACCAAGGUUUUAUAUCUAUCUUAAUGGCAGCCUCGUCCACGCAAACUCUCGCCUGGACUGCGGUUAAUCGCUUCUUUAGUGUUUGCAAAUCACAGAAAUGCAGGAAGAUCUUCAGUUGGAGAAACACUACACUCAUCAUGGCGUCUAUCUGGGGACUAAGCCUACUGGCGCCCCUUCCUUACGUUGUUUCGGGGAAUCGGUUUGUCUUUAACGCGGGUAAAUUCUUCUGUUAUCUCGACGUCAAGGCGGGAUGGUUUACCGGGUUCCUGGUCGCUGUCUACGUCGGGAUUCCAACAAAUGUGAUCUUCUACUGCUACUUCAGGGUUUUCAAAUCCGUGCGCGAACAUAACAAGAAGCUUCUUCAGUCCAGGGAGACAACACUUAGCGUCGAGGAAAUCAAAAUCACAAGGACACUUUUUGUGAUCGUGGUAGUGUUCAUGCUCUGUUGGUCGCCCGUGCUGAUAAUGGACUUUAUUGAUACGUUUUCUGGCGAUUACACCAUACCUCGCGAGGGAUACACUGCGUAUACCUUCCUCGCCUCCCUCAGCAGUGCAGUCAACGCCGUCAUCUAUGGGAUCAUGAAUCCGAAAUUCAAGAAGGAGUACCUGAGGAUUAUGUUAUGCAAGACGCUGCGAGGCGUUCCAGUGGAGACCACGGUCCAGGCAGUAAGAAUAACGGCAGCCUCGGUAGCUUAAAAGUUUGUAGGAUUCUGUUUCGUAAGACUUCGAUUUGGAAAGCAGUAGGUUAGACAUCGCAGAUAAGUGCAGCCUACUAAGUGUUGUAGGAUUCUGUUUCCAAUGCGAUGACUGCGAUGUGUUGAAGCGAUAGCCCAUAAAAAGCGGACAUUGGUGCAGCGCUCUUGAAGACUUGUUCGUUGGGUGUUCUUUUAGAGGCGACAGUGUACAUAGUUUGGAUAACAACAGUAAAGUAUUGUCAUCUCCUUAUCGGAGAUGCUACAACUCUACCGUAUGUGUAGAGCAGAAAAGCACUGGCAUGUACGGACAUUUGGACCUGGAAAGAUAAUUCAUUUGUGCUUGCUGGCCUGCUUAGAGUGUUUGCAGUCAAUAGAAGAUUUUUCAGGUGGUGUUUUGUGACGAUGACGAUGAUGAUGUUGGUGAUGAUGAUGAUGACGUAGAUGAUGAUGGUGCAAUUGAUGGUUGAUGAUAAUGAUGA